UCGUCACACCUGCUGUAAAGUUCGACCCUGAGGGAGCGCUUCACUCGCAGUUUAACUCUCUCUGUUGAGGAAAAGUUUUGUAAUGAUUGGAGUAAAGUCUGUGGAUUUAAACUUCUACAGUGAAGCAUGAGGACGCUCCUGAAGUAUAUGGUUUUCCUGGUUUUGUUUUUGCCUGUUGUUUUUGGCUCCCAAACAUCUGGCCUUGACAUGGGUAUCAGGAAGGUACGGCGGGAAAUCUACUGCGCAGACGAGGAGGAGUACCGGAAUGGCGACAUGUGCUGUUUAAACUGUCCAGCUGGUUACCGUAUGAUAUCUCCAUGCACCGAAAACGAAAAGAAGGGGAGGUGUGAGAAGUGUGACGAUGGAAGGUUCACUGAGCACUCAAACGGGCUGAAGCAGUGUUUCAAGUGCACUCAGUGUCGCCCAGAUCAGGACAUCUUGAAGACGUGUUCUCAUACCCAAAACACUGAAUGUCAGUGCAGAUCUGGAGGGUUUUGUGCUCCGGACCAGGCGUGCGAGGUGUGCAAGAAGUGUUCAAGGUGUGACAAAGAUGAGGAAACAGUGAAGAACUGUACUUCAACCACGAACACGGUGUGCAAGCCGAAAACCAAGCCGAGUCCUGCCUCUGUCUCAGAGAAGGCCAUUUGGAUUGUUCCACUUUUACUGUUUGCUUCGGGGCUAAUCGUUGUAUGCGUCUUGUGGCUGAGGAGACGUCGAGCAACAGAAUCUCAGAGGAAUCAAUCUGUUGGGCUAAAAGAUGGACAGCAUGACAGUGAAGAGUCUCUCACCGAGGAAAGGAGGACCACUGUCACCCACAUACCGAGCUACUCAAAUCCAAUCCUGUCCCGGCAACUGGUGAGACCCAAAUCCUUUGCGGAGGAUGAGCACCAAGUGUUGUUUGAAAGCCUCGACAGCUCAGCCAGUAACUCUCAGCACUGUUUACUGUCGUCCUCUGCAUUCCCCACGUCUCCCCCCCGAGCCCGCCUCAUGGUCCCACAGCCACACAGGAGGGAAGAGGAAGAAUUUCCCAAGCUUUUUCCUGUGAACGGUGAAGAGUCUUUGAGGAACUGCUUCGAGUACUUUGAAGAAAUGGAUGUCACCUACCUCAAGAGAUUCUUCCGUAAGCUGGGGAUGUCGGACAACGUGAUCAAUAGUAAAGAGCACCUUCUCUUUCAGGACAAGAUCCAUGACUUGCUGAAUAUUUGGAUGGAGAAGGAAGGCAGAGACGGCAGCUUAAACAACCUGCUGAAAGCUUUACUCGAUCUAAAUCAAAGGCGAACAGCCGAGACCAUCAAGGAGAAGGCUGUUCACAACGGUCAUUACCAUUUAUGAGUAAUGACAGUUUCUCUGUUUGGACAAAGACACUCAUUGUCUGAGUUCUACCAAGGUCCUUGUUGCUGAAAGCUUACAGUAUGCACUAUUCAGUUGUUAUUGAAGUAGGGCUGAACAAGGUCUUUGGAAACAGAGAAUCUAUGAGCUAAUUAAGUCUCUUGGCUAACUCUCUUUCAAGUCUUAAAAGGCCAAACGCUGGUGUUUCAACCAGCAGUAGUGAGUUAGCUACUGCCAAGGGUGUUGCCUUUAGAGGUGAGUUGCAUAUAGCAACUUAAUUCUAGUCAAAAAAAAAGUCACUUUGAAUGGAGAGCCUAAAGUCCAAAGAACAUCACUUAAUGUGAUCGGGUACUUGCUGCCUCCAAAAAAGUGCCUGCCCUUGUCGUCUAUCCACAACUAGCAAAGCACAAAGCUACAGGCCAAACAUGGUGUUCUCUCGGUACUCACCAAGAGCAUUGUUUACUGAAUCUGCUGCUAUUGUAGUUUGAGCACAGGCAUUUUCAAUGUACUGUAUAGCUCUGAUGGUGAAAACAGAAAAUGACUGAACUUUCACUCUGAAAUGGCAGCUUGAUUUAGUUUAUUGUUUUUAAGGGUUUCUUGGUUUGUCUUGUUCUUCACAUGCACUAAACUGAGCUCAGCUUGAUUGUUUAAUACACUGACUUUGUUUCUCAACAUUGUUUUAUUCAAGACAACUGGUUUAUAUGUCCUCAGGAAUUAAUGUCUUUAAUGUGGGCACUGAUUGCUGGAACAUGUUGAGCUUUAAAGUGCCAAGUUAUCCUAAAAAAAACACAAAACAACAUGAAGUUAUGAAUAGGAAACAAUUCUGUUUUCUGUCUGACUUCACACGUUAAACUUACAGUGUUGUUGGACCACGAAUGAACCUGAGCUUUAGCUUAUGGUUACACAUUUGUCCUGAUCACAACAUUGACAUUUUUUAGAGUUCUGCAGGGAUACUUCAAGAUACACAGUUUUAUAUUGUUGACCCCUACAAUGCAGUUAUCAUUCUAAAAAUAUAAAUAACGAACACAAGAUGGUCGCUCAACUGGAGAGUAAGUGUGCAUGUUUGUGCAUCACAGUUUCACACUCUAGAUUGUGGUAAUCUAUACAGCGCCCACUGCUGGUGACAGUCAGAAAGAGAACUGCUAGUGUAAUCCAAUGAUACACAAAUGAAAUGCUACUGGUGAGCAAAUCGAGUAAUAUCGAUGAAAUUAGCCGACACCGGAUAAGCUAGUAUCGGCGGAUAUUAUCAGCUGGCUGAUUAAUCGUCUGGCUCUAGUUUAAACACAAUGUUACAUAAUCUCUUUGUUCUGUUUCUAAUAUUUACAUGAUUCAAAGAGGCCUUUCCUAUUUAAUAGGAUAAGAUGUAUAUCUAUAUAUAGGGUUGUAUUGCUGGUUUGUUUUGCAACACAGCUAACCUAAGGUCCCUGUUGGAGUGACUUUAACUCUACAACUGAGGCACUUAUGGCAACACUUGAGCUUAUAGCAUUUGUGUGCUUAUGAGAUUUAAGAGUGAGUCUGUUUUUACAGAGUUACGUUUUAUUUUCUACCAAAUGCUUAACGAAGCUGAGGUUGAAACAAAAAGUUCUAAAGCAUUAAUGGUCUUACACACCACAUGACUACACCUAAAUAAAACUUGAAUGUAUUGUUCCUGUAACGAUGUGUCAGUGAAGAGUUUGUUGAAUCUGACAGCUGCACACGUGUUGUUUUAAGACGUCUUUCCACGUUUUUAAAUGAGUUGCUUUGCUGUCUAACUUGUCCAUGUGUACCACUGGUCAUAUUGGUGCAAAAACAAGUUUGUUGUUCGGUCAUGUCAACAUUGUUGAAUUGGCUUACUAAGGUGAUGAGUCAGGUUUUGUUAUGGCAACAUUUCUUCUUGAGCAGAUGCCGACAAAAAAAUGUAAAUGCCUCUAAGCCAGGAGAGGAAGUUAAAAGUAUUUGUUUACAUUUUGUAUGAACAUGUUGCUCUGUUUUAUGUACCGGGCGAUGUGUAAUGGUCAAAUCUCUCUGGAAACAAAUUUGAUUUUUUCCUGAAGGGAUCCCGAUGGAUAAAUAAAUGUCGAAUAAAGAUGAAAAAACCUGACAGCAGUCAUUUUAUCAAAUGCCCUGAAAAAUAUGGUGGCACAGAUAAACUGUUUGGAUAUCAAGUCUUUCUUAAGCUUAAAUAAUGAGCUGCUCUCCCAAGGAUGAGAAAUUAAAAACAUGAGGUUAAUGAUUAAACUCAAAACACUCUCGCUAUCUCGGCACCUUCAACUGUUCAUGGUCGCCUGCUUAAAGCAUAAAUGAUCUGUCAACUUCAAUGUUUGCUAAUAAAGAUCUGCACCAUAA